AUGGGCUUCUCACCCAGACUCUUCUUUGUUUUGCAAGGCCUCGCAAGCCUCGUUCAGGUAUCUUUGCAACAAGAUGAUUGCGCAGCAUCCUAUGCGCAAUGCGGCGGCGAAGGCUGGACAGGAGCAACAUGUUGUGAGACUGGCUACACAUGCUUCGUCACCAAUGCGUACUACUCGCAGUGCAUUCCGUCCAGUGAUGCUUCUCCUCUUCAGAGCCCACGCUCAAGGCAACUUGGAUCGCGGAUAUUGACUGACAUAUUCCAGACAAUGACCAGCAGUGUGACGGCGGCGACCACAGCCACCAGCGUUAGCAGCUACACUGGCCCAGAAGACUACACCACGACCGAUGCCACGGCGACGAUAGCGUCUCACGCGCAGUCUGCUUACCCGUCGGCCAACUCAAGCUCCUGUGGCGACUGGACCCUGGUCGACAACGUGUGCUGCCCUCUCUACUGCUCCAACCAGAAUGAAUCAAGCUCGUGCGACGAUACCUGCACGGGAGAGUGCAUCACGCCGCCUUCUGCAGACUGCAUGUCUGGAACCAUGUGGGGGGAGACUUUCCACGUGAACGACACGGAGGAGUGGCACUACAGCAGAUCAACGCACUUUGGCGAGACAGAGGGAGGGGCUUGUGGGUUUGGCCUCUACGGUCUCUGCACCAACACCAACACAUCUGAGGCAUGGGUUGCCGAGACGCUGGGAGAUACCUGCGACGCCUUUUGUCUGGCCUACCCGAGCCUCUGUCAAGACCCGACAACGAGCAACCUGACGAUGAGAGGCAACUUUGCUGCGCCCAAUGGCGAUUACUACACCCAGUUCUGGCCCAACCUGCCUGGAGACCUCGAUAACUACCUGUCAUGUGGAGAGUGUUUUGAGCUGAUCCGCACCAAGGACGACGGCACAGACUAUGCAGUUGGUGAGGAUGGGUAUACUGAUCCUAUUAUCCUUGAGAUUGUCGACAGCUGUCCCUGUGAUGCGAAUCCCAAAUGGUGCUGUGGCUCUGGUGCGGAUCACUGCGGAGAGGUGUCAGACUUUACCUAUGGAUGUCCAAUUCCCGAGGGCAGUCAUCACAUGGAUCUGUCAGAUGUUGCCAUGGGCCGUCUACAAGGCAACGGCAGCCUGACUGAAGGGGUAAUCCCGAUUCGUUACCAACGCAUCCCAUGCCCCAAGCCAGGCAACGUCUACGUCUGGCUCCAGGUGGGCGCCGGCCCCUACUAUUUCGCCAUGUCGGCCGUCAACGCCAACGGCCCCGGCAGCAUCAUCUCCUUCGAGGUGCUGGGCUCGGGCGACACCGAGUGGCUGGCUCUCGAGCAUAACCCAGACUACACGAGCAGCAGACCGCAGGAGCGCUACGGGUCUUGGGUCAUGCCGCAGGGGGCUGGUCCUGUGAAUGUGCCCAUCGCUAUUCGUCUGACAAGUCCUACUGGGGAACAGAUUGUGAACAUGGAGGCCGUCACGUCCUUUACGGCGCCGGCUGAUGCUGAUGCUAAUUACUACUAUAUUGAUAUGGGUGUUCAGUUCUCAGUCGACUGAAUCAAUGGAGUAAUUCCUUGAGUACUUAUGGUGCUAGUCAUAUCACCACAAAUUCACACCACGUUCCCUGAACUUCUCAAAGAAUUAUCGACCAUCUUGUGCUCGUAUAUGCCAACGGACCCAGUCGCAUCUCCAACGAUAAACUGGUCACCGUCUGAAGAGAAAGAGAUAAAAGUAAUCCUCGAGAGGUCCAUAAGCUGAUCACAGCCCCUCAUGAGCCCACUGGCUCCCUGCGGUGUAGGUGUCCUCCAGAGCUCGUGUCCUCCGUUCAUGGCGUCCAGAAUCACCAUGCAGACGUCUCUCCCCUCCUUCGUGUCUGGGCCGGGACCUUGCCGGUACGCCACAUAGCGACAAUCGGGACUGAUACAAGCUAUUGUGUUCUCGUUCGGGAUGGCAAACAAAUCGGUCCUGUCCGUCUCAAAAUCCCAGACCAGCACAUAGCGCUCAAGCUGUGUGACCGGCUCCACCUGCCAUGCGCCAGGCCGCCCUAUCACCCGAACAUGGUGCGGGAUCCAGAUGGAGACGACGGUGCUGCCGUGGGUCGCGAGACCACAGGGCAGCGAUCCUUGCAGCUCUGCGUACCUGGUGGGCAUGCAGGACCGGCGGGUCAGUGAGGACUGGACCGCGGGGUCUGCGGCGAGAUCCCACACCAUCAACAUGGCUGCGUGUUCUGGAGGGGGGUGGCCUGGCCUGGGCGGUCGUGGUCCUGCAGCGGCCACGAGGAGUGGUCCUGUCGCCGAGUACACCAUUUCUGGAAACGUGGGAAUAUGAGGGAGUCCGGCCUUGGCGAGGUGGAUGGUUGUGGGUGAGCCGAAGACAUUCAUCUUCGAAUUGGCGGCAUGGUGUGAAAAGUUGUUGCUGUUGCCCUGGGCGACUGGAAACAGGUAGAUUGCGUUUUCCCCCUCUCGGUAACAAGCCAGUGGCGGAUAGUUCGUCUCAAACAUGUCCUUUCUGGCAGCCGUCCAACGGAACACAGAGUCGAUCACUUGCAAUUUCUUCUUGGAUUCCCAGUUCCAGAUCUCCAGGCUAUCUCCGAAUCCUGCAGCGACGGCCAUCAGGCUCCUGGUCUCUGAGAUGAUGGCGUGGCUGGUCACGAAGAAAUCCCGUGA